GUGGAGGGGGAAAAAACACUAAGAGGAACAAGACUGGGGAAGCCCAUUCUCUUCUAGCAUCACAAUGAUUGUUAAAUAUGGAUUUACAGGCUAGUAACGUGCUCACUGAAUAUAAUAUGUAUUGUUAGUGUAUUUUCAACAUAUCGGUAAGGCACAUUUCAAAGUGUAAGGAUUAUGAUUGAACUGUAAAAAUAAUGUUUAGUAAGUAGGCCUAUGUAGUUUUUUUGAAGUCUAGAACUAAAUAAACUGAGUGAUGCAGGUAGUGCAGUAAACUGUCUUUUGCCAUGUUACCUUUUUUAUUUGUGUUGUAACGGACCUCCGACAGAAGAGGGCGCGAUUUCACUAAUAACAGCCAGGUGGCUUUGACCACAAUCCAUUUGUUCUGAAUCAGCUACUGGGACGCCGCCUCAUAACGCAUGUUUCCCGGCCUUCUUCCGUCCUCAUUUAUGUUGCGCCAGGCUGGAGCUCAUCCCGUGUCGCGCGCACGCCCAGCAGCCGGCUCAUCGCUCCUCUGUAAUUAGCUGAUGGACUCGGUGGGCGCACCCAGAACACUCUUUCCCACGGACACACUCAAAUUUAAAGUGUCUUCAAACGAGAACACGUGAGGCUAUUACGUUUUUUAAUUUCUUCUUAGGUCAAGAAGAAAGCGCUUGUGUUUCUUUCAUGCAGUCUCGGGGAAUAAAUUAUGUUCAUCGACUUUACGAUUGCAGAAGAGCACUUUAGUUUCCCCCAUCUGAUUGUGUUAGCCGUUGUGUGUGACUCUUGUAUUGACGUUUACAUGUCGACCAGCUGAAAUGUAACCUGUCCGAAACACUCCGGAGGGGGGGCAGUGAUGCUGAUACCGAUCAUCGCCACCUGCGCUUUCACUGGAUAGCCAUAUCCCAAGGACGAUGCGAAUCGGUAUUGUUGCUAGUAAAUCAAGUCCAUGGCUUUUGAACAAUCGGUAACACUUUAGUUUAAUCUACAAACACUUAAGAAACUCUCACAGCUGGAUUCGACUAAGUCUGCAAGGCUGGAGAAGGCUGUUUGAUGGAGGGUGAUGCUUCUUUCACAGCAGCAGUGGCUGAGGCAGAGGUUCUUGGUACUAGGUAGCCUGGCGCUCGGGAGCCUUCUCUUUCUGAUAGCCAGAGUUGGCAUUUUAGAUAGGCUGCAGUUUAUCUGCCCCAUUAAGGACAGAAUGCCCCCUGCUGGUGUGUCAUGGCAGAUACCUUUACAUACGUUGUGGCACAAACAAGCUCAUCGUCUCAAGCUGCGCAGGACCAACAGCACAAGGGAGAAACUGCAAAAGCAUCACUUCAUUAAGCAGUUGCCCAGAGCCAUCAUCAUUGGGGUGAGGAAAGGUGGGACACGCGCGUUGCUGGAGAUGCUCAGUCUUAACCCUGCUGUUGUCAAGGCAUCCCAAGAGGUCCACUUUUUUGACAAUGACCAGAACUAUGCUCGUGGCAUUGACUGGUACCGCGAAAAGAUGCCUUUCUCUUUUCCUCAUCAAAUAACUAUUGAGAAGAGUCCUGCAUAUUUCAUCACUGAGGAGGUACCUGAGAGGAUCUUUAAGAUGAAUUCCUCCAUUAAGCUUUUGGUGAUUGUGCGUGAGCCCACCACCCGCGCUGUUUCUGACUAUACACAGGUCCUGGAGGGGAAAGAGCGCAAGAACAAAACCUACGACAAGUUUGAGGAACUUGUGAUUGAUACUAACACUUGUGAGGUAAACACAAAAUACAAGGCUGUACGGACAAGCAUCUACAUCAAGUACCUAGAACACUGGUUAAAGUACUUCCCUGUGGAGCAAUUUCAUGUAGUUGAUGGAGACCGCCUCAUUAUAGACCCACUGCCAGAACUUAAGCUGGUUGAGCAUUUCUUAAACCUUCCCUCAAAGAUCAGCCAUUACAAUCUGUACUUCAACGCAACACGUGGGUUCUUCUGUCUACGAUAUAACUUCAUAUUCAACAAGUGCCUAGCGGGCAGUAAGGGACGGAUCCAUCCGGAUGUAGACCCUUCCAUCAAGGAAAAACUGCAACGCUUCUUCCACCCAUUUAACCAGAAGUUCUAUCAAAUCACAGGCCGGACAUUCAACUGGCCCUAAUGAUUACAAUAACAUCUGCAGCAUUAACAGCAUUUUCUGUAAUAUGCUGGUUUUAUUAUUAUUAUUAUUUUGCUUUUCUUGCAUGGAAAUGUGACAAAAUGUGUCAAAGAGAAUUGCAGUAAAAAAAAAUAUUGUGCAAAACAGUUUGGGUUACCACUGACUUCCUUUUGUAUGGGGAA